GGACGGGUGUCAGUAGUAUAAAAAGGCAGGUGUAAACAAAUUUGUAAUUUGUGAGGUGUUUUGUGUUGGCGCCGCGCCUGACAAGUGUCUAUUAGUUUUAUCAAUAAACCUCGCACCCCGAGGUGUGCGUGAACAUGGAAACCAAGCAGACGCCCGCCGCUGCUAAUUUCUGGUGGCUUAAGACGUCGGCUCCGAGCUCCGGCGGUGGUAGACAAAGCGAGCGGGACACUUCCAGCUCGCUUGCUGAGUACCUGGAGCACGAGCAAGAAGCCGAAGAACUCGAGGACGACGUUGACAUCCCCAGCAUUCUAGAGGAGAUUAGUCGGCUCAGUGCUAAGAGUCCACUUGGUCAGUAUCAGAAAGAUAUUGGUCAGCUUUCAAUUGAUGAGAUUAUGAGAGAGGCGGAAAAGAUUUAUAUGGAAAGCUCAAAAAGCUUUGAACAGUUGAGCCAACGUUCAAAGACUUCGAAUUUCUCGGACGUGAGCGAGAACGGAAAGUCGGAUCAUUCCACGCCCACACCAAAGAGUUUAAGCCCUCUACCCUUGGAUGAUAAGUCUCAAGCCAGCACCAGUGAUAGUGAUACUGAAUCAUUAAAAGCAGUUGAGGUGAACAUACAACCAAAAGAACUUACCACACAGUCUAUUGUGCUGACUGAGGCUGACAACUACAGCAUGGAGUUUGAUUCAAAUACAACACUUGAUGCAACCAAAAUCAGUAUUACAAGUGAUAAGAUGAAUGGAAAAAGUGGAUCUCAAAAACAGUCUAAUGUCAGCAGAAGUUCAAGUGUACAGAGUCUUGGCGAGAAGCAAGUGUCUCUAAACUCAGAACUUGCUGUACACUCUGAAAAAGAACUGGUGCUACAAGGCUUGCAACAUCAACAUGAUGAUGAAUUGGACAAGAAGGAUGGGGUGAUCAAAAUGCUGCUCAAUGACAACAAAGGACUCAAAGACGAACUACGAAUCACACUUCACGAACUUAACGAUCUCAAGCAACAUCAGCGGACGUUGGGCGCCGCUGAGUUGGCCAACGCACUCGAGGUGCUCAAAGAUACGCAGGAGCAGAAAACUGCUCUGCAGCUGCAGUUGGAGGCGGCCAACAAGUCGCAGGCCGACCUGCGAUCCACCUGCGAUGAGCUGCUCACGGCGAAUAAUAUUCUUGAGCGGCGCGUCAUCGACCUGGAUAGCGUGCUCUCCAAGUACAAGGCGGACCUGAAAGCGAUCCAGACUAUUCGCGACAAGCUCAAGGAGAACGAAUUCAAUGCGAAUAAGCUCCUGGAUCAGGAGCGCGCGCAGGCGAAACAGUUUAAGCAGCAGGUCGAGAAGGACGCUAAGUGCAUCAUGGAUCUCAAUCGGCAGAUUAAGGAGAUGGAGCGUAUAAUUGCUCGCAAACAUCCGGAUUCGGUAUCCGCUCUAAUCGUUGCAUCCAAGUACGACGAACAUGGCGCGCGAAAAAUGUUUGAGGAGAGAAUCAAGAGUUUGGAACAAGAGGCACUUAUGCGCGAUGCACAGAAUUCCAAAGUUUUCAAGGACGUGCAGGAGAAGUUCAACCAGAUGAAGCUCAAAUACGAAAGUCACAUCGAGGAUUUGGAGUUGCACGUCAACGACCUGAAGUCUCAGCUCAAGCGGAAGGGUGACACUUACGAUGUAUACACACAGACGAGGGAGUAUAUUAAUGAAAAGAUUCCUGCGAAGGACACCACUAAUCGAGAGUCUCAAACUGAACCGGUACACAAUGAGCGAGGGACAAAGGCGGCCAAAAAGGCCGAGCCCAAGGAGGAUGCACAUUUGCUAGCGACAAUACGCGGUUAUCAAGCUGAAGUAGUGGCGAAAGAAAAGAUCAUUCUUAAAGCUCAAAAGGAUCUGGACGAGCUGAGGAAAACCAAUAGAAGACUGCAGAAGGAACGGGAGGGCUCUUUAAGGACAAACUUCGGCGAGAAGAAAACUUCGGCGGAGAACAAAACCGCUUUGAUGACGUAUACUUCACCGCCGCCGUCGGUGGGUGAUGAAACCGACACUUCUUCCGGCGGAGAAAACGAAAAAAUUAAAGCACAGCUAGCUCGGGUUGAAAGUGACUUCCGAGCGUUGAAGGCGAAGCGUUUACAGGAUUUGAAUACGUUACAAGAAGCUCACGAACGCGAGAUGAGUAACUAUCUCGCGAGCGUAACACCCCUGCGGGAAAAACUCGAAUUGCAAGCGGUUAGUUUAACAACACUCCAACAGCAACUGAUGUCUGCGAAGGAGGAACUUGCUGUUGUGACUGUCGAGCGGGAUCAUCUGAACAAUAAGCUCAAUAGUGGUGUAACCACUUUGUUGCAGGAUUGCAACUUUGACAAUGGCAACGAAAACGAAACCGUCUCAUUGCGCAAGAAGGUAAAUGUAUUAGAAGUAAAGUAUGAGGAGCGGGAGAACCGGUUGCGCUCGAUAGUGCAUGGUCUGGCUCAGAAGACGAUAACCAAUCGCACCUGCGAGCAGUGCGCCGAACGCCAGCAGCAGUUGGUAGGCUACAAAUUGGAGUUGGACCAAAUUAUCGCGACCUUGCGAUGUCUGCAAUAAGCUAGCGCAAGAGUCGAUUAAUUGUGUUGUGUGCCAACUGCCAAUAGCAAUAGCUAUCUUACACGUACAAUUAUACAAGCCAUUAGAUGAUAAUAAUUCUGCAGGUGAAGUUGAACGUGAGUAGAAUAAGUAAAGAAAUGUGUCUAGUCAAGGUAUAUAUUUAUUAAUAGAGAUGUGUAUAUUAUAUUA